AGGCAUCAUGUGCUGUCUCUCGGACUGGUUCCGCAGGUACUGCAUUAUGACUAAGGCUAUAUACUUCGGAUCUAGGCGUCUAAUCUUCACCAAUCUCGCUUUCAACGUCGAUACAUACAUGAUUUCCAGCAUAUGCCUCUCUAUAGUCUUGCCUUGUCCUUCCAACGUGCAGUUUGUUUGUCUUUUUUUCGCCAUCUCAUUCAUCUUGAGCCUAUGUCAUACUGCAUGCCUGGCGCUUUUGGAGUCGGUCAUGAUUAUACAGUCUUAUUGCUCUUUUGUACAGAGUUUGGAGUAUCGUUGGGUCACCUUUUCCAUCAUCUUGCUUUUAGCCUUGGUGACAUCUAUAUUACAGUUUGGCAUGCAUGUAUCUUUCUAUUUCCCGGUUUGCCCUACAUGGAUUCCCCAUUACAGCUCCAUCGAAUGCUUUUUGACCUAACUUUGGCAGUUUUGCCUUCUUUUCUGACUUUUUCUCUGUAUUAUUCCUCGUUGCAUCUUGAGGAUUUGUGUUGCUUUGAUCUAUUGCUGUAAUAUAGACCACAUCGGCGGGCGGCUGCAAGUUAAAUUGAAUGACCUCUUAUGAAAAGCUGUCUUGUGAUAUGUGGGCCUUCAAUGAAACUUCAAAUGACUUAGAUGGUACUUGAAUACUACCAAAGCGUAAAUGUAAUAUUGCUUUUCUGGGCCUACUAAUG